GAUGCCCACAGUCUUCUUCCUUCCUGCAACUGCAAUGCUGCUUCUUUCUGCCAUCGCAGCUCACGGCCUCACCGUGAAGGCAGGAUGCAAGGGGAGCUGCGGCGGCGUGGAUAUCCCCUACCCAUUCGGCAUUGGCGCCGGCUGCUUCCGCCCCGGCUUCGAGAUCCUCUGCUCCUCCAACACCUCGUAUCUGGCCGGGAAGACCACCCUGUCGUCGGGCAUACGGGUGCUCAGCCUGUCCGUGAUGCCGCGCCCGGAGGUCCGGGUGCUGCUGCCGGUGGCGUUCCAGUGCUUCACCGCCGCCAACCGCCGCACCGGCCACUCCUUCGGCGAGGUGGACUUCAACCCCGUCGGCGUCUACCGCAUUUCCAGCACCCACAACGAGCUCUUCGUCCUCGGCUGCAACACCCUCGUCUACAUCAGCAGCGGCCCCACCGGCCGCUACAAGUACAGCUACUACGCCGGCUGCGUCGCCUUCUGCAACGACUCCCAGAGCGCGAGGGACGGCGCGUGCGCCGGCGUCGGCUGCUGCCGCGUCGACAUCCCGCCGGGGCUCACCGGUAACUCGAUGCAUCUCCAGGAAAGCGUGGGCACUUGGAGCCACAUCGACCAGGAGUUCAGCCCCUGCGACUACGCCUUCAUCGUCGAGAAAGGCGCCUACCAGUUCAAGGUCGACGACCUUACCAAGAUGCCUACCACACAGGCCAUGCCGAUGAGGCUCGACUGGGCCAUCCGGGACAGCGACAUCCAGUCCACCGGCUCCAUGUACACCUGCGCACAGGUGGUGAACAAGACGGGAUAUACCUGCGUCAGCAACAACAGCGAGUGCGUCGACUCUACUAAUGGCCCAGGCUACAUCUGCAACUGCACCGCCGGCUAUGAAGGCAAUCCAUAUCUUCUCAAUGGAUGCAAAAAUAUCAACGAAUGUGCACGUCCAGAGGAAUUCCCUUGCAAUGGAGAAUGCCAUGACACCGAGGGUUCUUACAACUGCUUCUGUCGCCGCGGCUACCAAAGCGAUGGAGAUCCAAAAGAAAACCCAUGCAAUCCAAAAUUCUCGCGCACAGCAAAGCUUGCACUAGGACUUACUUUUGGCGUGUCCUCCGUGAUUGUUGCAAUACUUACAACAGUCAUAAAGCUCGAAAGGAGUAAACGGAAGGAACUAUUCAGAAAGAACGGUGGUAAGGCACUCCAGGAUGUGACAGGGCUGGUCAUUUUCACAAAGGAGGAACUGAGGAAAAUAACGGAUAACGAUUCAAAUUUUCUUGGUAAAGGAAGGUUUGGUAAUGUCUACAAAGGGACUCUUCGUGACAAUACAGUGGUAGCAGUCAAGGCCUCUAUUAAAGUAAGUAAAGAAACAAAGGAUGAAUUUACAGAGGAAGUGAAGAUUCAAUCAAAAAUGAUUCACAAGAACAUUCUCAAACUCAUUGGUUGCUGCCUUGAGGUGGAUGUUCCAAAAUUAGUGUAUGAAUUUGCUGCUAAUGGGAGCCUUGAAGAUACCCUUUACCGCAGAAAACGUCCACUUAGCUUAAACUUGCGUUUGGACAUUGCAAUUGGGUCAGCAGAAGGGUUAAAGUACAUGCACUCCGACGCACCUCUAGUCAUAAGACAUGGUGAUAUCAAACCAGGAAACAUACUUCUAGAUGAAAAUUUCACACCAAAAAUAUCCGAUUUUGGUUUGUCAAAACUUCUUACACUGGAAUAUUGCAUUGCUGACUCUGUGGUUGGGCCAUUUGCUUACAUAGACCCAGUUUACAGGAAGACUGGCCUUUUAACACAAAAGAGUGAUGUCUACAGUUUUGGAGCAGUUCUUGUGGAACUGGUUACCCGGGAGCAAAAUGAUAAUGGGCAGGAGAGGAUCAAAAGGUUCUGUAGACUUUAUGCUGAACAAGGGAGUGCACAGGCCAUGUUUGACAAGGAAAUUGAGACUGAUGAAGAUAUCUUUAUGCUGGAACAAAUUGGCAAGCUGGCAACCGAAUGUCUAGAAGAGGAUACACACAAUCGACCAUACAUGACGGAGGUAGUGGAACGGCUUGUGAUGCUUAGGAGACGCAGGAAGCAUGGGAUUACACAAGAUAGAAGUGACCCCGAAGACACUAUCACCCAUGGUAGUGAAUCUACUAGUGCCUCGGUUUUAGUGCCAUCCACUCCAGACUGCUAUAGGCCAACAUAACA